GCUGCCAAAUAUCGCGCGAGUACGCUGCUCAUUCCGUUUAAUGUGCUGCUGUGAGUGAAUGGUUUGAAGCGGUACGGCCCAUUGCCGUUAAAGUUACCUAUGGACGACAAAGUGGUCUCCCUGUAACAGAGACCGUUACGUACUCCGUGUCGGUUAACGGCCUUCAGGUUGCUCCAUUGACGCGAGGCUCAGAGUGAGCAACACGACGGACACGCUGCUUUUUUCUUUCUUUUUUUUCGUAAAUUCAUCUGUUGCCAGUUGCCUUGAAGCGGAAUCAACGUGUUUCGAGGCGUUUCCUUGUCGGACACCGUCAGAGAGCGAGCAGCCUAUCCCGGAGGAUCCACCGCUGCACACUGGAAAUGCUCCUUCUACUUGAAACUAACGACUGGCUGUAAAAACAAAUUACAAUGGAUUGUGUCGGCAACUGGCUACUUCUAUCUUAACCGACCAUGUUGUCACGGAGGGCAGUUGACUCGUGACCGAUCUCCGUAGGACGGUACGGGAGGAGCCAGUUUAAACGACCGAGACUGAGGGUGUAUCACCUCCUAGAGCAGAGUCCGGUUAACUAUAACGGGCUUUCUUUUCUUUCUUUUUUUACCGUUUCACGCCCCCCAUAUGCCGGCGCCUACGCCAGUCUCAACACCCUGAAGGCAGAGCGAGAAGGAAGGAAGGAGGGAACGGCCGCUCCGGGGUCCCCGAAAACUCAGCCGAGGAGAGGCUUCGCUGAAAUGAGAUGAGGCUCAGAAAUGGAACUGUGGCCACUGCGAUUAUUUUCUUCACGUCCUUCCUCAGCCUGUCCUGGUACACAGCGUGGCAGAAUGGCAAAGAGAAGCUGGUAGCAUACCAGCGGGAGUUCCACGGCUUGAAAGAGCGCCUUCGCGUGGCCGAGCACAGGACGCUGCAGCGCUCGACGGAGCUCAACAACAUCCUUGAGCAGUUCAGACGUGCCAUAGCCGAGACGAACGGCAGCAAAGAUGCUCUCAUAAACUUCUCAGAUGAGACACAGAAGCUACUGAAGGAGCUCACGAGUAGGAAGCCUCUCCAGGUGCCAAAUAUCUACCACCACCUGCCUCACCUGCUCAACAAUGAGGGCAGCCUGCAGCCUGCCGUGCAGGUUGGUCUCGGCCGCACAGGAGUUACCAUGGUGAUGGGGAUCCCCACAGUGAAGCGGAAGGUGAAGUCAUAUCUGUCAGAGACGCUGCGGUCGCUAAUAGACAAGCUGUCACCAGAGGAGAAACUCGACUGCGUCAUUAUUGUCUACGUUGGGGAGACUGACGUGGAAUACGUUCACAGCGUGGUAGCUGUCUUGGAGAAAGAGUUUUCUACGGAGCUGAGUUCAGGCUUGCUGGAGGUGAUCUCCCCGCCGGCUGCCUAUUACCCCGAACUCGCCAACCUCAAAGAGACUUUUGGAGACUCCAAAGAGAGAGUCAAAUGGCGAACCAAGCAGAAUCUGGACUAUUCCUUCCUGAUGAUGUAUGCUGUGAGCAAAGGAGUUUAUUAUGUCCAGCUGGAGGAUGACAUUGUGGCCAAGCCCAACUACUUUGCCACUAUGAAGAACUUUGCCCUGCAGCUCUCGUCAGAGGACUGGAUGAUCCUGGAGUUCUCUCAGCUGGGCUUCAUCGGGAAAAUGUUCCAGGCUCCGGACCUGAACCUCAUUGUUGAGUUCAUUUUCAUGUUCUACAAGGAGAAGCCCAUCGAUUGGCUGCUGGACCAUAUUCUCUGGGUGAAAGUCUGCAAUCCUGAGAAAGAUGCGAAACACUGCGAGCGGCAGAAGUCCAGCCUACGUGUGCGGUUCAGACCUUCCCUGUUUCAGCACGUGGGACUCCAUUCUUCUCUUGCUGGAAAGAUCCAAAAACUCACAGACAAGGACUUCCUGAAGCCACUGCUCCAUAAGAUGCACGUCAACCCCCCAGCUGAGGUCUCUACUUCAGUGAAGGUAUAUCAGGGUCACACGCUGGAGAAGACGUACCUAGGAGAGGACUUCUUCUGGGCCAUCACUCCCACUGCAGGAGACUACAUCCUCUUCAAAUUUGACCGACCUGUUAGCAUAGAGAAGUUCCUGUUUCGCAGUGGUAAUCAAGAGCACCCGGGGGACAAAAUCGAGAACACAACAGUGGAAAUACUGCCUGUUUCGGAACCUGGACUGCAGACCAAAGAGAAGUACAAGCGAACUGAAGACCGCUUUUACAGGAUCGGUCAGUUUGAGAAAGGUGUGGCCGAAGGUGCUGUAGAUCCUUCUUUCAAUCCCAUCAUAGCACUUCGGCUUUCAGUUGUCAAAGACUCAGCAGUGUGGGCCAUCCUCAGUGAAGUACAUAUAAAACGGAUAGCUGGCUGACUGUUCUGGAGCGGGCACAUGAAUCAUGGCCCUUGGGGGACCAAAAUCCUCCUAGAUUGCUUACGCAGGGCCUCUGGCACCCAGCAACCAGCAGUGAAGUCAUGAGAGCCCGCUAGAGUUGCCCAUCUGAGCUUGUCUGAGGAACGCCACCUCUCUGUCCCCGCUGUUCCUAAUGUACUUUGUUUUGCUUCUCAUUGAUCGAUUUCUCCAUUUCUUUCUGCAUCGCCCCCGCACUCUUGUGCUCUUAAUCAUUUGUGAGAAUGUGAAUACUACUGUCUUAAAGAACAACCGUGGAGUGUGUGAAGACAUCUGUUCCCAGCUCCCGCUCUCAAAGUGACUGAUGUUCAGCAGCUUUGAACACAAUCGGACAACGCUUGGACUAACGAGGACAAAUCAUCACAUCUGGGGAGAACCAGUCAGCUGGCCCACUGGUGUAGAUGCUGCCAAAUCCUCCUCCUGUUACUCAAUGCUGCCACCUUGGGGCCAGCUGGGGCAUUGCACUGUCACUAGCGCCCCAGCAGAAGCCCACGAUGGUCAAAUAUGUUGUGAUCACUAACAGCCAGUUGCUCUCUGUUCUCGACAGAGAUGACGGAGCUCUCGAGCAACACCAGCCCGAACGACGACGCUUCCCUCACUCCCAGAGUAUUGUCAGCAGCCACGCUCAAAUACUCCACUUGUCCUGAAAAACAAACUCAGGAUGAGCUCACUGUUCCUAAACCCUGCCUGUAGCCGGUCAGUAAACAACUUUGACCCUACCGUAGGCCAGAUUCCAUGGUAACUACCCCAAUCCAUCAAGAAAAGUACCACGACACUAUAUCUGUCUCACCUCCUGUCUGACAGGCUGUGUAUGACCUCAGUGUCCAUUUAUAGUAAACCAAUCAGACAUUGCCUUGGCGUCAUUUUCCUGAAGGAAUAUAUUGUUAUAUUGAUAUAUUAUUACAGCUUUGACGAUCUAUGAAGGUGACUUAAUUUAUUUGAAAUAAAUCUUUAAUUUGUACAAGAGGUAAAAUAUAUUUUUAUUCUAUUAAGAGAUGUUUAUGGUAGUUCAGAGUUCAGAGUUUUAUUUGUGUAAUUUUUUUUUUUUUCAAAAUCACUACUCUACAUUUUCCUUUCAUUAUUGCAGCUACUUGCGAGGUUGCUUUUGUCUGCUGGUGCAAGUAGCUUGGUUCGGUCUGUACCAGUUUCUUUCCACUUGAAGUGAAACGUAACAACUAAAACGAUUUAUUUUGAUUUCUUGAAGUCUGAAUGGUUGGAGAGAGAUGAGAAUAGAUUUUCUUGAAGAAGUUGUGGGUCAAAAUUGGAAAAAAUGUGCCUUAUAUCCAGGUCCCUUGAAAUUGUCUCAGCAACAUUAUUCCAAUCUCUCGCGCUUGCCUACACUUUGAUUGCUGGAUAUACUAAUAUUUUUUAAAUAACACACACUGUCCAAUUAGGGAUUGGGUGUUAACAAUAUUUCUGUGUUGCGCCAUGUGAAAGUGAUAAAAAGAGUGGGUUUUGUACCAGAUUACCAUCUGAAAUGGCAUGAUUUGCACUGCUUUUUCACUAUUUUUGUUAUCACCACACGCUUCACCAUUGCAUAGACGAUGCUCAUUUCACUGACUCCUCCAAAUCUACAUAACAAUCUUUUGUCUAAUCGAGUAUCUGUUUUGUGAUUGGACAAAAUACUAUGACUACUGAUUAUUGCAAAGUGCGCCUUUUUGUUGUAUGAUUUGGUUUCUGUAAUGUAGUACUUUCACUGAUUGCAAAUAUUUAAAUAAGCAUUAUCUGUCUUUCUGUCUCUCACUCUCUCGCUCUCCUGCCUCAUUUAAUAGUUUAUUGAAAUUCACUUGACAUGUUUUGUGUUCGUGUGCGUGUGGCCAAUGUUUUGAGUGGAAGCCAUUUAAAUGAAACUUGACUCAUUUUGCAUCUUAAUGGUUUAUUUAAGUGCCUUUUGGUGGAAUAGAUUUUUUGCUAAUCUUGUUCACAUGCAUGAUCAUUAUUUGUAGUUCAUGAACAAUGUUUUUUUUUUUUUUUUUGGUCAGAGCAAGCUCCUCCACCCCUCUGAUCAAAACCAUCCAUGCUAGAGCUGUAGUCAAGAAAACAGAUUUUUAAGCUGAACGCUUGAUCGCCGCUUCUUCAUCAGAUUAUUUUUUUUUUAAUUGGGAGAAGAUGAGAGCAAGCCACCUAAAUGGUGGAACAUGUUUUAAAAAGGGGAAAGACAUUUUCAGUACUGCCAACAGGAUCGGCUUCUCCCUCUUGGCCUGUAUGCACAGACAGGAAGUGAAUGCAUGAAAACAGCAUGAACAGUCAUGAAUCUCCCCCUACUGUAUUCGGUGGAAGUGGACUAGGGACAAAAGAAGAAGGGAACUCUUCCCUUGAUUGACAACCCCAUGCAUACACCUAUCAGUUCAUGUGCCUUCAUCGUGCACAUGUGUAUGUCUGCUUCUGAUGUUUUUGAAAUCAUUUUUCAUGGAGAUCUUUGAAAUAAAUGAUAAAAAUUGUUCGAAGUCA